GAUCGUUGCAGCAAGUGCUCAAGACAUGCAACGAGUGGAGGAGAUCGGAGAAAGCAAGGAAACAAUUAAAGAACCAGAUGAAGCUGGAUUAACAGUAACGAAAGACACAGUUGAAGAGCUAGAAAUCUCAACAUACAUCCAACCUUCAACAACAAAGUCUGAAAAUGUAGAGACUGACAGAUCAAUCCCAGCAGAUACUGAUUCUCAAUCCAAUGAGGUCGACUCAAUCAAAGCCACUAAAGAAGGUGAUAAGGAAACUACAGCACCUGUAAAAGAUAUAGAAAGCGCAGUAGAAAAACAAGUCACAGAUGCACUUGUUACAACCAAGACAAUUAUUGGCACUGAAUCUGAAAUGUCAGCAAGUGUCCAAACUGCUCAAAAACAAGAAAACAUUUGUGAACCAACAGAGACUCCAGAAUGUUUGAAAACUAGUUCCAAAGAAGCUUUGCUGAUCACAAGCAUUCCUGAAGUCAGUCAUGAUGUAGAAAUCAGCAUCAAGUUUUCGAAUACGGACAUGUUAGCAACAGAUGCGUCAGACACAUCACAUUCUGAAGAAAAUAAAUUGGGUGCAGAUUCAUCAAAGGAUAUUGAUGAUUUGAAAAAAGAAUUCGAUGUUCAAACUCAAUCAUCUGGAAACAAACAAGACAUAUUGACGACGAUUAACGACCUUACAGUGGUAUCAGAAGAAGAGAUCAAAGAAGCAAAAUUGAGCACUAGUUUAGAAGGUGAAGCGGUUUUAAAAAGUCUGGAAGAAACUGGUGACAAAACGGUAAAAAUCAAAGGCAAAGCUGUUACCAAAUCGACUGAUGUCAUCACACUAUCCGGUGACAUUGAGACGAUAGAAGCAAUAACUGAAAAAGAUCAACAAAAGGAAAGUGACGUUGUAAUUGCACCAUCCGACACUGCGAGAGCAAAGCGACCAUUAAGUGAAGAAACAAAGGAUGCACAAGGUGACAAAGCUGAGACAAUUAAGAUCGUUGCAGAAAGUGCUCAAGACAUGCAACGAGUGGAGGAGAUCGGAGAAAGCAAGGAAACAAUUAAAGAUCCAGAUGAAGCUGGAUUAACAGUAACGAAAGACACAGCUGAAGAGCUAGAAAUCUCAACAUACAUCCAACCUUCAACUACUCCAGAAGUCAUAACCGUACAAACUGAAGCUCAUGCACAACAGGCGAUCGAUAAUGAACUUGAUUCUGAAGCAAAGCAACCAGAUAGCAUCCCAAAAGGAGAAACUGGUCGUGUAGGGUUAGAGAAUGAAAAGUACCCAAGCAUUCUAUCAGAUUCUGUGACCACAACUUCACAAGACAAAACUGCUAUUGUAAUAGAACCUACUGCUGAAAUCCCUGAAGAAACUCUUGAUGAUGAAACCGCCACUGGGAAAGAAAGUGCACCUCUACCAACAGUAUGUACAGAGGAAUUCCAGAAUAAAGAAACUACACAAGAAGUACCGCCUGACCAAUCCACACCAGAAAUGAAUGUGACUGAAGUGGUGGCCUCGAUUUCUCCACCUGUCCCUGUGGAUCGUCAGUCUGGUCAUGAUGAAUUAUGCACAGAUGUUCCAAUUAAAAUUGACCAACCAACAGAUUUAAAUGGACACACGCAAGACAAACCGAAGCGUGCACCACCAGGUGAUACAUUUGAUGAAGCAACCAGUCAAGAUGUGGGAAAACCACUCUUUCAGAGAUUAAAAGAGAAGACGAAAGAAUUUUUCAGCUCAAAGUCUGAAAAUGUAGAGACUGACAGAUCAAUCCCAGCAGACACUGAUUCUAAAUCCAAUGCGGUCGGCUCAAUCAAAGCCACUAAAGAAGGUGAUAAGGAAACUACAGCACAUGUAAAAGAUAUAGAAACCACAGUAGAAAAACAAGUCACAGAUGCACUUGUUACAACCAAGACAAUUAUUGGCACUGAAUCUGAAAUGUCAGCAAGUGUCCAAACUGCUCAAAAACAAGAAAACAUUUGUGAACCAACAGAGACUCCAGAAUGUUUGAAAACUAGUUCCAAAGAAGCUUUGCUGAUCACAAGCAUUCCAGUAGUCAGUCAUGAUGUCGAAAUCAGCAUCAAGUUGUCGAAUACGGAAAAGUUAGCAACAGAUGCGUCAGACACAUCACAUUCUGACGAAAAUAAAUUGGCUGCAGAUUCAUCAAAGCAUAUUGAUGAUUUGACAAAAGAAUUCGAUGUUCAACCUUCAUCAUCUGGAGACAAACAAGACAUAUUGACGACGAUUAACGACCUUACCGUGGUAUCAGAAGAAGAGAUCAAAGAAGCAAAAUUGAGCACUAGUUUAGAAGGUGAAGCGGUUUUAAAAAGGCUGGAAGAAACUGGUGACAAAACGGUAAAAAUCAAAGACAAAGCUGUUACCAAAUCGACUGAUGUCAUCACGCUAUCCGGUGACAGUGAGACGAUAGAAGCAAUAACUGAAAAAGAUCAACAAAAGGAAAGUGACGUUGUAAUUGCACCAUCCGACACUGCGAGUGCAAAGCGUCCAUUAAGUGAAGAAACAAAGGAUGCACAAGGUGACAAAGCUGAGACAACUAAGAUCAUUGCAGCAAGUGCUCAAGACAUGCAACGAGUGGAGGAGAUCGGAGAAAGUAAGGAAACAAUUAAAGAACCAGAUGAAGCUGGAUUAACAGUAACGAAAGACACAGUUGAAGAGCUAGAAAUCUCAACAUACAUCCAACCUUCAACAACAAAGUCUGAAAAUGUAGAGACUGACAGAUCAAUCCCAGCAGAUACUGAUUCUCAAUCCAAUGAGGUCGACUCAAUCAAAGCCACUAAAGAAGGUGAUAAGGAAACUACAGCACCUGUAAAAGAUAUAGAAAGCGCAGUAGAAAAACAAGUCACAGAUGCACUUGUUACAACCGAGACAAUUAUUGGCACUGAAUCUGAAAUGUCAGCAAGUGUCCAAACUGCUCAAAAACAAGAAAACAUUUGUGAACCAACAGAGACUCCAGAAUGUUUGAAAACUAGUUCCAAAGAAGCUUUGCUGAUCACAAGCAUUCCUGAAGUCAGUCAUGAUGUAGAAAUCAGCAUAAAGUUGUCGAAUACGGACAUGUUAGCAACAGAUGCGUCAGACACAUCACAUUCUGAAGAAAAUAAAUUGGGUGCAGAUUCAUCAAAGGAUAUUGAUGAUUUGAAAAAAGAAUUCGAUGUUCAAACUCAAUCAUCUGGAGACAAACAAGACAUAUUGACGACGAUUAACGACCUUACAGUGGUAUCAGAAGAAGAGAUCAAAGAAGCAAAAUUGAGCACUAGUUUAGAAGGUGAAGCGGUUUUAAAAAGUCUGGAAGAAACUGGUGACAAAACGGUAAAAAUCAAAGGCAAAGCUGUUACCAAAUCGACUGAUGUCAUCACACUAUCCGGUGACAUUGAGACGAUAGAAGCAAUAACUGAAAAAGAUCAACAAAAGGAAAAUGACGUUGUAAUUGCACCAUCCGACACUGCGAGAGCAAAGCGACCAUUAAGUGAAGAAACAAAGGAUGCACAAGGUGACAAAGCUGAGACAAUUAAGAUCGUUGCAGCAAGUGCUCAAGACAUGCAACGAGUGGAGGAGAUCGGAGAAAGCAAGGAAACAAUUAAAGAACCAGAUGAAGCUGGAUUAACAGUAACGAAAGACACAGUUGAAGAGCUAGAAAUCUCAACAUACAUCCAACCUUCAACAACAAAGUCUGAAAAUGUAGAGACUGACAGAUCAAUCCCAGCAGAUACUGAUUCUCAAUCCAAUGAGGUCGACUCAAUCAAAGCCAGUAAAGAAGGUGAUAAGGAAACUACAGCACCUGUAAAAGAUAUAGAAAGCGCAGUAGAAAAACAAGUCACAGAUGCACUUGUUACAACCAAGACAAUUAUUGGCACUGAAUCUGAAAUGUCAGCAAGUGUCCAAACUGCUCAAAAACAAGAAAACAUUUGUGAACCAACAGAGACUCCAGAAUGUUUGAAAACUAGUUCCAAAGAAGCUUUGCUGAUCACAAGCAUUCCUGAAGUCAGUCAUGAUGUAGAAAUCAGCAUAAAGUUGUCGAAUACGGACAUGUUAGCAACAGAUGCGUCAGACACAUCACAUUCUCAAGAAAAUAAAUUGGGUGCAGAUUCAUCAAAGGAUAUUGAUGAUUUGAAAAAAGAAUUCGAUGUUCAAACUCAAUCAUCUGGAGACAAACAAGACAUAUUGACGACGAUUAACGACCUUACAGUGGUAUCAGAAGAAGAGAUCAAAGAAGCAAAAUUGAGCACUAGUUUAGAAGGUGAAGCGGUUUUAAAAAGUCUGGAAGAAACUGGUGACAAAACGGUAAAAAUCAAAGGCAAAGCUGUUACCAAAUCGACUGAUGUCAUCACACUAUCCGGUGACAUUGAGACGAUAGAAGCAAUAACUGAAAAAGAUCAACAAAAGGAAAGUGACGUUGUAAUUGCACCAUCCGACACUGCGAGAGCAAAGCGACCAUUAAGUGAAGAAACAAAGGAUGCACAAGGUGACAAAGCUGAGACAAUUAAGAUCGUUGCAGAAAGUGCUCAAGACAUGCAACGAGUGGAGGAGAUCGGAGAAAGCAAGGAAACAAUUAAAGAUCCAGAUGAAGCUGGAUUAACAGUAACGAAAGACACAGCUGAAGAGCUAGAAAUCUCAACAUACAUCCAACCUUCAACUACUCCAGAAGUCAUAACCGUACAAACUGAAGCUCAUGCACAACAGGCGAUCGAUAAUGAACUUGAUUCUGAAGCAAAGCAACCAGAUAGCAUCCCAAAAGGAGAAACUGGUCGUGUAGGGUUAGAGAAUGAAAAGUACCCAAGCAUUCUAUCAGAUUCUGUGACCACAACUUCACAAGACAAAACUGCUAUUGUAAUAGAACCUACUGCUGAAAUCCCUGAAGAAACUCUUGAUGAUGAAACCGCCACUGGGAAAGAAAGUGCACCUCUACCAACAGUAUGUACAGAGGAAUUCCAGAAUAAAGAAACUACACAAGAAGUACCGCCUGACCAAUCCACACCAGAAAUGAAUGUGACUGAAGUGGUGGCCUCGAUUUCUCCACCUGUCCCUGUGGAUCGUCAGUCUGGUCAUGAUGAAUUAUGCACAGAUGUUCCAAUUAAAAUUGACCAACCAACAGAUUUAAAUGGACACACGCAAGACAAACCGAAGCGUGCACCACCAGGUGAUACAUUUGAUGAAGCAACCAGUCAAGAUGUGGGAAAACCACUCUUUCAGAGAUUAAAAGAGAAGACGAAAGAAUUUUUCAGCUCAAAGUCUGAAAAUGUAGAGACUGACAGAUCAAUCCCAGCAGAUACUGAUUCUCAAUCCAAUGAGGUCGACUCAAUCAAAGCCACUAAAGAAGGUGAUAAGGAAACUACAGCACCUGUAAAAGAUAUAGAAAGCGCAGUAGAAAAACAAGUCACAGAUGCACUUGUUACAACCAAGACAAUUAUUGGCACUGAAUCUGAAAUGUCAGCAAGUGUCCAAACUGCUCAAAAACAAGAAAACAUUUGUGAACCAACAGAGACUCCAGAAUGUUUGAAAACUAGUUCCAAAGAAGCUUUGCUGAUCACAAGCAUUCCUGAAGUCAGUCAUGAUGUAGAAAUCAGCAUAAAGUUGUCGAAUACGGACAUGUUAGCAACAGAUGCGUCAGACACAUCACAUUCUGAAGAAAAUAAAUUGGGUGCAGAUUCAUCAAAGGAUAUUGAUGAUUUGAAAAAAGAAUUCGAUGUUCAAACUCAAUCAUCUGGAAACAAACAAGACAUAUUGACGACGAUUAACGACCUUACAGUGGUAUCAGAAGAAGAGAUCAAAGAAGCAAAAUUGAGCACUAGUUUAGAAGGUGAAGCGGUUUUAAAAAGUCUGGAAGAAACUGGUGACAAAACGGAAAAAAUCAAAGGCAAAGCUGUUACCAAAUCGACUGAUGUCAUCACACUAUCCGGUGACAUUGAGACGAUAGAAGCUAUAACUGAAAAAGAUCAACAAAAGGAAAGUGACGUUGUAAUUGCACCAUCCGACACUGCGAGAGCAAAGCGACCAUUAAGUGAAAAAACAAAGGAUGCACAAGGUGACAAAGCUGAGACAAUUAAGAUCGUUGCAGCAAGUGCUCAAGACAUGCAACGAGUGGAGGAGAUCGGAGAAAGCAAGGAAACAAUUAAAGAUCCAGAUGAAGCUGGAUUAACAGUAACGAAAGACACAGCUGAAGAGCUAGAAAUCUCAACAUACAUCCAACCUUCAACUACUCCAGAAGUCAUAACCGUACAAACUGAAGCUCAUGCACAACAGGCGAUCGAUAAUGAACUUGAUUCUGAAGCAAAGCAACCAGAUAGCAUCCCAAAAGGAGAAACUGGUCGUGUAGGGUUAGAGAAUGAAAAGUACCCAAGCAUUCUAUCAGAUUCUGUGACCACAACUUCACAAGACAAAACUGCUAUUGUAAUAGAACCUACUGCUGAAAUCCCUGAAGAAACUCUUGAUGAUGAAACCGCCACUGGGAAAGAAAGUGCACCUCUACCAACAGUAUGUACAGAGGAAUUCCAGAAUAAAGAAACUACACAAGAAGUACCGCCUGACCAAUCCACACCAGAAAUGAAUGUGACUGAAGUGGUGGCCUCGAUUUCUCCACCUGUCCCUGUGGAUCGUCAGUCUGGUCAUGAUGAAUUAUGCACAGAUGUUCCAAUUAAAAUUGACCAACCAACAGAUUUAAAUGGACACACGCAAGACAAACCGAAGCGUGCACCACCAGGUGAUACAUUUGAUGAAGCAACCAGUCAAGAUGUGGGAAAACCACUCUUUCAGAGAUUAAAAGAGAAGACGAAAGAAUUUUUCAGCUCAAAGUCUGAAAAUGUAGAGACUGACAGAUCAAUCCCAGCAGACACUGAUUCUAAAUCCAAUGCGGUCGGCUCAAUCAAAGCCACUAAAGAAGGUGAUAAGGAAACUACAGCACAUGUAAAAGAUAUAGAAACCACAGUAGAAAAACAAGUCACAGAUGCACUUGUUACAACCAAGACAAUUAUUGGCACUGAAUCUGAAAUGUCAGCAAGUGUCCAAACUGCUCAAAAACAAGAAAACAUUUGUGAACCAACAGAGACUCCAGAAUGUUUGAAAACUAGUUCCAAAGAAGCUUUGCUGAUCACAAGCAUUCCAGUAGUCAGUCAUGAUGUCGAAAUCAGCAUCAAGUUGUCGAAUACGGAAAUGUUAGCAACAGAUGCGUCAGACACAUCACAUUCUGACGAAAAUAAAUUGGCUGCAGAUUCAUCAAAGGAUAUUGAUGAUUUGACAAAAGAAUUCGAUGUUCAACCUUCAUCAUCUGGAGACAAACAAGACAUAUUGACGACGAUUAACGACCUUACAGUGGUAUCAGAAGAAGAGAUCAAAGAAGCAAAAUUGAGCACUAGUUUAGAAGGUGAAGCGGUUUUAAAAAGGCUGGAAGAAACUGGUGACAAAACGGUAAAAAUCAAAGACAAAGCUGUUACCAAAUCGACUGAUGUCAUCACGCUAUCCGGUGACAGUGAGACGAUAGAAGCAAUAACUGAAAAAGAUCAACAAAAGGAAAGUGACGUUGUAAUUGCACCAUCCGACACUGCGAGUGCAAAGCGUCCAUUAAGUGAAGAAACAAAGGAUGCACAAGGUGACAAAGCUGAGACAACUAAGAUUAUUGCAGCAAGUGCUCAAGACAUGCAACGAGUGGAGGAGAUCGGAGAAAGUAAGGAAAAAAUUAAAGAACCAGAUGAAGCUGGAUUAACAGUAACGAAAGACACAGUUGAAGAGCUAGAAAUCUCAACAUACAUCCAACCUUCAACAACAAAGUCUGAAAAUGUAGAGACUGACAGAUCAAUCCCAGCAGAUACUGAUUCUCAAUCCAAAGAGGUCGACUCAAUCAAAGCCACUAAAGAAGGUGAUAAGGAAACUACAGCACCUGUAAAAGAUAUAGAAAGCGCAGUAGAAAAACAAGUCACAGAUGCACUUGUUACAACCGAGACAAUUAUUGGCACUGAAUCUGAAAUGUCAGCAAGUGUCCAAACUGCUCAAAAACAAGAAAACAUUUGUGAACCAACAGAGACUCCAGAAUGUUUGAAAACUAGUUCCAAAGAAGCUUUGCUGAUCACAAGCAUUCCUGAAGUCAGUCAUGAUGUAGAAAUCAGCAUCAAGUUGUCGAAUACGGACAUGUUAGCAACAGAUGCGUCAGACACAUCACAUUCUGAAGAAAAUAAAUUGGGUGCAGAUUCAUCAAAGGAUAUUGAUGAUUUGAAAAAAGAAUUCGAUGUUCAAACUCAAUCAUCUGGAGACAAACAAGACAUAUUGACGACGAUUAACGACCUUACAGUGGUAUCAGAAGAAGAGAUCAAAGAAGCAAAAUUGAGCACUAGUUUAGAAGGUGAAGCGGUUUUAAAAAGUCUGGAAGAAACUGGUGACAAAACGGUAAAAAUCAAAGGCAAAGCUGUUACCAAAUCGACUGAUGUCAUCACACUAUCCGGUGACAUUGAGACGAUAGAAGCAAUAACUGAAAAAGAUCAACAAAAGGAAAGUGACGUUGUAAUUGCACCAUCCGACACUGCGAGAGCAAAGCGACCAUUAAGUGAAGAAACAAAGGAUGCACAAGGUGACAAAGCUGAGACAAUUAAGAUCGUUGCAGCAAGUGCUCAAGACAUGCAACGAGUGGAGGAGAUCGGAGAAAGCAAGGAAACAAUUAAAGAACCAGAUGAAGCUGGAUUAACAGUAACGAAAGACACAGCUGAAGAGCUAGAAAUCUCAACAUACAUCCAACCUUCAACUACUCCAGAAGUCAUAACCGUACAAACUGAAGCUCAUGCACAACAGGCGAUCGAUAAUGAACUUGAUUCUGAAGCAAAGCAACCAGAUAGGAUCAUCCCAAAAGGAGAAACUGGUCGUGUAGGGUUAGAGAAUGAAAAGUACCCAAGCAUUCUAUCAGAUUCUGUGACCACAACUUCACGAGACAUAACUGCUAUUGUAAUAGAACCUACUGCUGAAAUCCCUGAAGAAACUCUUGAUGAUGAAACCGCCACUGGGAAAGAAAGUGCACCUCUACCAACAGUAUGUACAGAGGAAUUCCAGAAUAAAGAAACUACACAAGAAGUACCGCCUGACCAAUCCACACUAGAAAUGAAUGUGACUGAAGUGGUGGCCUCGAUUUCUCCACCUGUCCCUGUGGAUCUUCAAUCUGGUCAUGAUGAAUUAUGCACAGAUGUUCCAAUUAAAAUUGACCAACCAACAGAUUUAAAUGGACACACGCAAGACAAACCGAAGCGUGCACCACCAGGUGAUACAUUUGAUGAAGCAACCAGUCAAGAUGUAGGAAAACCACUCUUUCAGAGAUUAAAAGAGAAGACGAAAGAAUUUUUCAGCUCAAAGUCUGAAAAUGUAGAGACUGACAGAUCAAUCCCAGCAGACACUGAUUCUAAAUCCAAUGCGGUCGGCUCAAUCAAAGCCACUAAAGAAGGUGAUAAGGAAACUACAGCACAUGUAAAAGACAUAGAAACCACAGUAGAAAAACAAGUCACAGAUGCACUUGUUACAACCGAGACAAUUAUUGGCACUGAAUCUGAAAUGUCAGCAAGUGUCCAAACUGCUCAAAAACAAGAAAACAUUUGUGAACCAACAGAGACUCCAGAAUGUUUGAAAACUAGUUCCAAAGAAGCUUUGCUGAUCACAAGCAUUCCUGAAGUCAGUCAUGAUGUAGAAAUCAGCAUAAAGUUGUCGAAUACGGACAUGUUAGCAACAGAUGCGUCAGACACAUCACAUUCUGAAGAAAAUAAAUUGGGUGCAGAUUCAUCAAAGGAUAUUGAUGAUUUGAAAAAAGAAUUCGAUGUUCAAACUCAAUCAUCUGGAGACAAACAAGACAUAUUGACGACGAUUAACGACCUUACAGUGGUAUCAGAAGAAGAGAUCAAAGAAACAAAAUUGAGCACUAGUUUAGAAGGUGAAGCGGUUUUAAAAAGUCUGGAAGAAACUGGUGACAAAACGGUAAAAAUCAAAGGCAAAGCUGUUACCAAAUCGACUGAUCUCAUCACACUAUCCGGUGACAUUGAGACGAUAGAAGCAAUAACUGAAAAAGAUCAACAAAAGGAAAGUGACGUUGUAAUUGCACCAUCCGACACUGUGAGAGCAAAGCGACCAUUAAGUGAAGCAACAAAGGAUGCACAAGGUGACAAAGCUGAGACAAUUAAGAUCGUUGCAGCAAGUGCUCAAGACAUGCAACGAGUGGAGGAGAUCGGAGAAAGCAAGGAAACAAUUAUAGAACCAGAUGAAGCUGGAUUAACAGUAACGAAAGACACAGCUGAAGAGCUAGAAAUCUCAACAUACAUCCAACCUUCAACUACUCCAGAAGUCAUAACCGUACAAACUGAAGCUCAUGCACAACAGGCGAUCGAUAAUGAACUUGAUUCUGAAGCAAAGCAACCAGAUAGGAUCAUCCCAAAAGGAGAAACUGGUCGUGUAGGGUUAGAGAAUGAAAAGUACCCAAGCAUUCUAUCAGAUUCUGUGACCACAACUUCACAAGACAAAACUGCUAUUGUAAUAGAACCUACUGCUGAAAUCCCUGAAGAAACUCUUGAUGAUGAAACCGCCACUGGGAAAGAAAGUGCACCUCUACCAACAGUAUGUACAGAGGAAUUCCAGAAUAAAGAAACUACACAAGAAGUACCGCCUAUCCAAUCCACACUAGAAAUGAAUGUGACUGAAGUGGUGGCCUCGAUUUCUCCACCUGUCCCUGUGGAUCUUCAGUCUGGUCAUGAUGAAUUAUGCACAGAUGUUCCAAUUAAAAUUGACCAACCAACAGAUUUAAAUGGACACACGCAAGACAAACCGAAGCGUGCACCACCAGGUGAUACAUUUGAUGAAGCAACCAGUCAAGAUGUGGGAAAACCACUCUUUCAGAGAUUAAAAGAUAAGACGAAAGAAUUUUUCAGCUCAAAGUCUGAAAAUGUAGAGACUGACAGAUCAAUCCCAGCAGACACUGAUUCUAAAUCCAAUGCGGUCGGCUCAAUCAAAGCCACUAAAGAAGGUGAUAAGGAAACUACAGCACAUGUAAAAGAUAUAGAAACCACAGUAGAAAAACAAGUCACAGAUGCACUUGUUACAACCAAGACAAUUAUUGGCACUGAAUCUGAAAUGUCAGCAAGUGUCCAAACUGCUCAAAAACAAGAAAACAUUUGUGAACCAACAGAGACUCCAGAAUGUUUGAAAACUAGUUCCAAAGAAGCUUUGCUGAUCACAAGCAUUCCAGUAGUCAGUCAUGAUGUCGAAAUCAGCAUCAAGUUGUGGAAUACGGAAAUGUCAGCAACAGAUGCGUCAGACACAUCACAUUCUGACGAAAAUAAAUUGGCUGCAGAUUCAUCAAAGGAUAUUGAUGAUUUGACAAAAGAAUUCGAUGUUCAACCUUCAUCAUCUGGAGACAAACAAGACAUAUUGACGACGAUUAACGACCUUACAGUGGUAUCAGAAGAAGAGAUCAAAGAAGCAAAAUUGAGCACUAGUUUAGAAGGUGAAGCGGUUUUAAAAAGGCUGGAAGAAACUGGUGACAAAACGGUAAAAAUCAAAGACAAAGCUGUUACCAAAUCGACUGAUGUCAUCACGCUAUCCGGUGACAGUGAGACGAUAGAAGCAAUAACUGAAAAAGAUCAACAAAAGGAAAGUGACGUUGUAAUUGCACCAUCCGACACUGCGAGUGCAAAGCGUCCAUUAAGUGAAGAAACAAAGGAUGCACAAGGUGACAAAGCUGAGACAACUAAGAUCAUUGCAGCAAGUGCUCAAGACAUGCAACGAGUGGAGGAGAUCGGAGAAAGUAAGCAAACAAUUAAAGAACCAGAUGAAGCUGGAUUAACAAUAACGAAAGACACAGUUGAAGAGCUAGAAAUCUCAACAUACAUCCAACCUUCAACAACAAAGUCUGAAAAUGUAGAGACUGACAGAUCAAUCCCAGCAGAUACUGAUUCUCAAUCCAAUGAGGUCGACUCAAUCAAAGCCACUAAAGAAGGUGAUAAGAAAACUACAGCACCUGUAAAAGAUAUAGAAAGCGCAAUAGAAAAACAAGUCACAGAUGCACUUGUUACAACCGAGACAAUUAUUGGCACUGAAUCUGAAAUGUCAGCAAGUGUCCAAACUGCUCAAAAACAAGAAAACAUUUGUGAACCAACAGAGACUCCAGAAUGUUUGAAAACUAGUUCCAAAGAAGCUUUGCUGAUCACAAGCAUUCCUGAAGUCAUUCAUGAUGUAGAAAUCAGCAUCAAGUUGUCGAAUACGGAAAUGUUAGCAACAGAUGCGUCAGACACAUCACAUUCUGAAGAAAAUAAAUUGGCUGCAGAUUCACCAAAGGAUAUUGAUGAUUUGAAAAAAGAAUUCGAUGUUCAAACUCAAUCAUCUGGAGACAAACAAGACAUAUUGACGACGAUUAACGACCUUACAGUUGUAUCAGAAGAAGAGAUCAAAGAAGCAAAAUUGAGCACUAGUUCAGAAGGUGAAGCGGUUUUAAAAAGUCUGGAAGAAACUGGUGACAAAACGGUAAAAAUCAAAGGCAAAGCUGAUACCAAAUCGACUGAUGUCAUCACACUAUCCGGUGACAUUGAGACGAUAGAAGCAAUAACUGAAAAAGAUCAACAAAAGGAAAGUGACUUUGUAAUUGCACCAUCCGACACUGCGAGUGCAAAGCGUCCAUUAAGUGAAGAAACAAAGGAUGCACAAGGUGACAAAGCUGAGACAAUUAAGAUCGUUGCAGCAAGUGCUCAAGACAUGCAACGAGUGGAGGAGAUCGGAGAAAGCAAGGAAACAAUUAAGGAACCAGAUGGAGCUGGAUUAACAGUAACGAAAGACACAGCUGAAGAGCUAGAAAUCUCAACAUACAUCCAACCUUCAACUACUCCAGAAGUCAUAACCGUACAAACUGAAGCUCAUGCACAACAGGAGAUCGAUAAUGAACUUGAUUCUGAAGCCAAGCAACUAGAUAGGAUCAUCCCAAAAGGAGAAACUGGUCAUGUAGGGUUAGAGAAUGAAAAGUACCCAAGCAUUCUAUCAGAUUCUGUGACCACAACUUCACAAGAUAAAACUGCUAUUGUAAUAGAAACUACUGCUGAAAUCCCUGAAGAAACUCUUGAUGAUGAAACCGCCACUGGGAAAGAAAGUGCACCUCUACCAACAGUAUGUACAGAGGAAUUCCAGAAUAAAGAAACUACACAAGAAGUACCGCCUGACCAAAUCACACUAGAAAUGAAUGUGACUGAAGUGGUGGCCUCGAUUUCUCCACCUGUCCCUGUGGAACUUCAGUCUGGUCAAGAUGAAUUAUGCACAGAUGUUCCAAUUAAAAUUCACCAACCAACAGAUUUAAAUGGACACACGCAGGACAAACCGAAGCGUGCACCACCAGGCGAUACAUUUGAUGAAGCAACCAGUCAAGAUGUGGGAAAACCACUCUUUCAGAGAUUAAAAGAGAAGACGAAAGAAUUUUUCAGCUCAAAGUCUGAAAAUGUAGAGACUGACAGAUCAAUCCCAGCAGAUACUGAUUCUCAAUCCAAUGAGGUCGACUCAAUCAAAGCCACUAAAGAAGGUGAUAAGGAAACUACAGCACAUGUAAAAGAAAUAGACAGCACAGUAGAAAAACAAGUCACAGAUGCACUUGUUACAACCGAGACAAUUAUUGGCACUGAAUAUGAAAUGUCAGCAAGUGUCCAAACUGCUCAAAAACAAGAAAACAUUUGUGAGCCAACAGAGACUCCAGAAUGUUUGAAAACUAGCUCCAAAGAAGAUUUGCUGAUCACAAGCAUUCCUGAAGUCAUUCAUGAUGUAGAAAUCAGCAUCAAGUUGUCGAAUACGGAAAUGUUAGCAACAGAUGCGUCAGACACAUCACAUUCUGAAGAAAAUAAAUUGGCUGCAGAUUCAUCAAAGGAUAUUGAUGAUUUGAAAAAAGAAUUCGAUGUUCAACCUCAAUCAUCUGGAGACAAACAAGACAUAAUGACGACGAUUAACGACCUUACAGUUGUAUCAGAAGAAGAGAUCAAAGAAGCAAAAUUGAGCACUAGUUCAGAAGGUGAAGCGGUUUUAAAAAGUCUGGAAGAAACUGGUGACAAAACGGUAAAAAUCAAAGGCAAAGCGGUUACCAAAUCGACUGAUGUCAUGACACUAUCCGGUGACAUUGAGACGAUAGAAGCAAUAACUGAAAAAGAUCAACAAAAGGAAAGUGACGUUGUAGUUGCACCAUCUGACACUGCGAGUGCAAAGCGUCCAUUAAGUGAAGAAACAAAGGAUGCAAAAGGUGACAAAGUUGAGACAAUUAAGAUCGUUGCAGCAAGUGCUCAAGACAUGCAACGAGCGGAUGAGUUCGGAGAAAGCAAGGAAACAAUUAAAGAACCAGAUCAAUCUGGAUUAACAGUAACGAAAGACACAGCUGAAGAGCUAGAAAUCUCAACAUACAUCCAACCUUCAACUACUCCAGAAGUCAUAACCGUACAAACUGAAGCUCAUGCACAACAGGAGAUCGAUAAUGAACUUGAUUCUGAAGCCAAGCAACCAGAUAGGAUCAUCCCAAAAGGAGAAACUGGUCGUGUAGGGUUAGAGAUUGAAAAGUACCCAAGCAUUCUAUCAGAUUCUGUGACCACAACUUCACAAGACAAAACUGCUAUUGUAAUAGAACCUACUGCUGAAAUCCCUGAAGAAACUCUUGAUGAUGAAACCGCCACUGGGAAAGAAAGUGCACCUCUACCAACAGUAUGUACAGAGGAAUUCCAGAAUAAAGAAACUACACAAGAAGUACCGCCUGACCAAAUCACACUAGAAAUGAAUGUGACUGAAGUGGUGGCCUCGAUUUCUCCACCUGUCCCUGUGGAACUUCAGUCUGGUCAAGAUGAAUUAUGCACAGAUGUUCCAAUUAAAAUUCACCAACCAACAGAUUUAAAUGGACACACGCAGGACAAACCGAAGCGUGCACCACCAGGCGAUACAUUUGAUGAAGCAACCAGUCAAGAUGUGGGAAAACCACUCUUUCAGAGAUUAAAAGAGAAGACGAAAGAAUUUUUCAGCUCAAAGUCUGAAAAUGUAGAGACUGACAGAUCAAUCCCAGCAGAUACUGAUUCUCAAUCCAAUGAGGUCGACUCAAUCAAAGCCACUAAAGAAGGUGAUAAGGAAACUACAGCACAUGUAAAAGAAAUAGACAGCACAGUAGAAAAACAAGUCACAGAUGCACUUGUUACAACCGAGACAAUUAUUGGCACUGAAUAUGAAAUGUCAGCAAGUGUCCAAACUGCUCAAAAACAAGAAAACAUUUUUGAGCCAACAGAGACUCCAGAAUGUUUGAAAACUAGCUCCAAAGAAGAUUUGCUGAUCACAAGCAUUCCUGAAGUCAUUCAUGAUGUAGAAAUCAGCAUCAAGUUGUCGAAUACGGAAAUGUUAGCAACAGAUGCGUCAGACACAUCACAUUCUGAAGAAAAUAAAUUGGCUGCAGAUUCAUCAAAGGAUUUUGAUGAUUUGAAAAAAGAAUUCGAUGUUCAACCUCAAUCAUCUGGAGACAAACAAGACAUAAUGACGACGAUUAACGACCUUACAGUUGUAUCAGAAGAAGAGAUCAAAGAAGCAAAAUUGAGCACUAGUUCAGAAGGUGAAGCGGUUUUAAAAAGUCUGGAAGAAACUGGUGACAAAACGGUAAAAAUCAAAGGCAAAGCGGUUACCAAAUCGACUGAUGUCAUGACACUAUCCGGUGACAUUGAGACGAUAGAAGCAAUAACUGAAAAAGAUCAACAAAAGGAAAGUGACGUUGUAGUUGCACCAUCUGACACUGCGAGUGCAAAGCGUCCAUUAAGUGAAGAAACAAAGGAUGCAAAAGGUGACAAAGUUGAGACAAUUAAGAUCGUUGCAGCAAGUGCUCAAGACAUGCAACGAGCGGAGGAGAUCGGAGAAAGCAAGGAAACAAUUAAAGAACCAGAUCAAUCUGGAUUAACAGUAACGAAAGACACAGCUGAAGAGCUAGAAAUCUCAACAUACAUCCAACCUUCAACUACUCCAGAAGUCAUAACCGUACAAACUGAAGCUCAUGCACAACAGGAGAUCGAUAAUGAACUUGAUUCUGAAGCCAAGCAACCAGAUAGGAUCAUCCCAAAAGGAGAAACUGGUCGUGUAGGGUUAGAGAAUGAAAAGUACCCAAGCAUUCUAUCAGAUUCUGUGACCACAACUUCACAAGACAAAACUGCUAUUGUAAUAGAACCUACUGCUGAAAUCCCUGAAGAAACUCUUGAUGAUGAAACCGCCACUGGGAAAGAAAAUGCACCUCUACCAACAGUAUGUACAGAGAAAUUCCAGAAUAAAGAAACUACACAAGAAGUACCGCCUGACCAAUCCACACUAGAAAUGAAUGUGACUGAAGUGGUGGCCUCGAUUUCUCCACCUGUCCCUGUGGAACUUCAGUCUGGUCAAGAUGAAUUAUGCACAGAUGUUCCAAUUAAAAUUGACCAACCAACAGAUUUAAAUGGACACACGCAGGACAAACCGAAGCGUGCACCACCAGGUGAUACAUUUGAUGAAGCAACCAGUCAAGAUGUGGGAAAACCACUCUUUCAGAGAUUAAAAAAGAAGACGAAAGAAUUUUUCAGCUCAAAGUCUGAAAAUGUAGAGACUGACAGAUCAAUCCCAGCAGAUACUGAUUCUCAAUCCAAUGAGGUCGACUCAAUCAAAGCCACUAAAGAAGGUGAUAAAGAAACUACAGCACAUGUAAAAGAAAUAGAAAGCACAGUAGAAAAACAAGUCACAGAUGCACUUGUUACAACCGAGAAAAUUAUUGGCACUGAAUAUGAAAUGUCAGCAAGUGUCCAAACUGCUCAAAAACAAGAAAACAUUUGUGAACCAACAGAGACUCCAGAAUGUUUGAAAACUAGCUCCAAAGAAGCUUUGCUGAUCACAAGCAUUCCUGAAGUCAUUCAUGAUGUAGAAAUCAGCAUCAAGUUGUCGAAUACGGAAAUGUUAGCAACAGAUGCGUCAGACACAUCACAUUCUGAAGAAAAUAAAUUGGCUGCAGAUUCAUCAAAAGAUUUUGAUGAUUUGAAAAAAGAAUUCGAUGUUCAACCUCAAUCAUCUGGAGACAAACAAGACAUAUUGACGACGAUUAACGACCUUACAGUUGUAUCAGAAGAAGAGAUCAAAGAAGCAAAAUUGAGCACUAGUUCAGAAGGUGAAGCGGUUUUAAAAAGUCUGGAAGAAACUGGUGACAAAACCGUAAAAAUCAAAGACAAAGCUGUUACCAAAUCAACUGAUGUCAUCACACUAUCCGGUGACAUUGAGACGAUAGAGGCAAUAACUGAAAAAGAUCAACAAAAGGAAAGUGACGUUGUAAUUGCACCAUCUGACACUGCGAGUGCAAAGCGUCCAUUAAGUGAAGAAACAAAGGAUGCACAAGGUGACAAAGGUGAGACAACUAAGAUCAUUGUAGCAAGUGCUCAAGAUAAGCAACGAGUGGAAGAGAUUGGUGAAAGCAAGGAAAACACUCAAGAACCUGAAGCAAUUGCUUUUUCCGUACGUAUCAAUAUUAUUAAACCUCUUGAAAAAUCUGCAGGCAUCCAAACGACUGAUGUUAGAAAAGUCACACUUGAACUGAAUGUGCUUUCUGCAGAUGAAAAAAUAAAUGAUGCAGAAUCCUCUGACAUUGAGCACGGUGCUUUGAUUAUGCUAGACAGUAAAAAGUCACUCACUGGAGAUUCAUUUACCUUGAGUAUAACCUCUUCAGAUAAACCGACUGAAACAAAAGAAGUUCCUACCAUUGCAACAUCUGAAAAGACCGUCCUUGACACUGACACCACAAAAACAAAUGAACCCCAGCAUGUAACGUCUGCUCUGGAAGUGUGCGAUGAAAGAUUAACCCAACCAGAAAGUGAUACUCCAAAAUCUCCCCCUGAAAUAAAUGAGGUUGAAGUGGUCACAUCUCUUUUACCACCUUCCACUGAUAAUAUGUAUGCUGCUGUUGAGAAAACUUCCAAAGAUAGAGCACACAAACUUCAAAAUACCUCGUUAGAAUCAGUUGCUUCUGUGGAGAGUGAACAAACAGAGGCAGAUAGUACACCAUUCGUGGAGGGACAACUUCAAAAGGAGAGGACAAAAUCUGUUAUUGAUAUAAUGAUAGAAAAAGCUCAAGGCAUUUUAACUGACAAGUCUGACAGUGAGGAAGAGGAUGCAGUUUUCCCAGAAGCUGAAGUCCAACAUUACGAGACUGAUACAUCUGAAACCACAUCUGGUAUGUCUGCAGAGAGCAUCAUAGAAACUACACGUGAUGUUCAUGGUAAUGUUGAAGAGAAAAUUGUUAUCAAUGGUGAGGUUGUUUCAGAAUUAACAUCUCAUGGGCAAGAAAUUUCAGUUGAUAUCAUGCUUACCGCUCAUCCAGACAAUGUCCCUCAGCCAAUUGUACAUUCUGAAGAAGUCACAUCUACAUUACCAUCUAUCAGUGAUGAAAUGCAGGCUGAUAUUGACAAGAUGUGCACAGACGAAUCGAGCAUGCACAAAAUACAUUCGAAAGAAGUACUUUUUUCGGUGGAAAAGAAGAAUACUAAUCCAGACACAACAGAAGGAUUGGAUGAUGCACCGUAUCAUAGAAAGAGGAAAAAAUCAAUAAUUGAUAUUAUUAUAGAAAAAGCUAAGGACAUAAUUCAUAGACCAUCUGAAAGUGAGGUAAUUGAAUCGGUCUCCCAAGAAGAAAUUGAAUCCAAGGAUAAAAAGGUUGAUACACUUGAUACCACGUCUGAUCAUACUUUAGAGCUGCAUGUGAAAACUACGCAACAUGUGAAUGUUACUGCAGAUGAGGAACUCGAUCAUGCCAGUGAUGUAAUGUGUUCAAAUGUUAAAGCAGUCAGCACCACUACUUGUCCAGAAAGUACCCCUGUACUCAGCGAGACUUCUGCAGUUAAAGAAUUAAAUGAUGAAGAACACACCAAUAUCGCACAUUUUUCUUGGACUGUUCCAGAGGUAGAAAUUGGCAUGAUAAAAUCCGAUGUUAAAAAGUCGAGCGCUGACAAAUCAGUUCCCUUCAAUGCAAUCUCUUCAGUUGAAUCUAGUGUUGAAAAAGAAGAGUUUUUCACAGUAACAUCUCAAAAUACCAUCAGUGACACUGACACAACAAAAAUAAGUGACUCCAGGUGUAGUACGUCUGAUCUGGAAGUGCGCAGUGAAAGAGUGACCCAACCAGAAAGUGAGACUCUCAAAUGCCCACCCGAAGUGAGCGAGGCUGAAGCAGUCGCAUCUCUUUUACCGCCUUCCACUGACAAAAGUAAUUCUGAUCUCGAUAAAACUUGCAAAGACAUAGCAACCAAAGUUGAGAAGACCACGUUAGAAUUACUUGCGUCUGUUGAGGCUGAGAAAAUAGAGGCAGAUGCAGCCGAAUUUGUAGAUGAAAAACUUAAUGAAAAGAGUAAAACAUCAUUUGUUGAUAUUACCAUAGAAAAAGCAAAAGGUAUGUUUACUGACAAGUCUGACAGUGACGAAGAGGACUUAGGUUUCCCAGAAGAAACUGAAGUCCAAGAUUAUGAGACUGAUACAUCUGAAACUACAUCUGGUUCAUCUGCAGAAAGUGAAAAAGUAAUAACAGAUGUGGUUGUUUCAAAAUUAAAAUCUGAAGGGCAAGGAAUUGCAGUUGAUGAUGAGCUUAUUACAGAUGAUGUAAAUGAGGCAGCGGCAUCUAUCUUACUGGUUUCCUCCGGAGAAAUUCAUGCUGAUCUUGACAUAGCAUGCACGGACGAAUCAAGCAGGCAAAUAGAAACAUCAAGAACACUGGUUUCAUCUGCGGAAAAUAGGAAUACUCAUUCAGAUACAACAGAAGGAUUGCAUGAUCAACCAUCUCAUAGAGAGAGGAAAAAAUCCAUUAUUGAUAUUGUCAUUGAAAAAGCUAAAGGCAUAAUUACUGGACCAUCUGAGAGUGGCGUAACAGAGGCAACCUCCCAAAAACAAAUUACAUCUGAAGAUAAAAAGGUUGAUACACCUGAUGGCACAUCUCAUGAUACUUUGGAAGUACAUGCAACAACUAUUCAACUUGUGCAUGCGAUUGCAGAUGACGAAAUGAUUCAUGCCAGUCAUGUAACCACUGUGAAUAUGAAUGCAGUUAGCACCACCACUCAUCCAGAAAGUACCGUUAUACCAAGCGACACUUCUACAGUCGAAGAAACAAAUGAUGACAAACGCUCAGAAAUUACGCGUACUUCCUGGAAUAUUCCAGAGGUAGAAUUCGGUAUUGUAAUUGCUGAUACUAAAAAGUCAAGCGAUGCAGAGAGAGUUACUUUGACAACAAUCUCUUUAGAUAAAAGCGCGGUUACAAAAGGGCCUUGCUUGGCAACUGCCAGUGAUACUGAUGCCACAAAAAUAAGUGAAGCCCCGUGUUUAACAUCUGAACUGGUAAAUGAAAUUGAUCCAGUUGCAAGGCCUGAAGAGACUGUGCACGAUACCACCACCGCCAAAGAGGAAACUGAAGCUCAGACUCUCAUUUCACCACUUGAAGUAAAUGCGGCUGAAGAUAGAGAAUCUAUUUCACCUGCGGCCACUGACGAAAUGGAUGCCAAUCUCUUUGACAUGUAUGUAGACGAAACAACCAAACUUGUAAACGUCUCUUGUGAAUCGGUUGUCUCUGCAGAAACUAAAAAAAAUAGGAUGAAUACAAGAGAAAGAGUCUACGAAGAACCACAUCGAAAAGAGAGGAGCAAAUCUCUAAUUGACAUUGCCAUAGAAAGAGCCAAAGACAUGUUUGCUGGACCAACUAAUAGAGAGGAAUAUGCGUCAGUCUCCCAAAAAGAAAUUGAAGACGGGGACGAUGUGACCGACACAUUUGAUACUGCAUCUGAUGUCACUGCGGAAAGUGAUCAAGAAACUAUACAUCGUGAAGUUCUUUUAAGCAAAGAAAGUGCUGAAACUAUUGAUGCAACCGUUUCAAAUUUCCAAGCAGAUAAAGUGGAAGGAGCAGUCGAAAACGAGAAACCUACUUCAGAAAUCAACACUGCACCAAUUUUGACAUCUCAAGAAGUCGAAAAAAAUAACGAAGAAUUCCCCGAAGCCAAGACCGUUUCUGAGAGCAUCGCAGUGGAUAUAGCUGGAAUUGUUAUCGCAGAACCUACAACCCCGGGAGGUGAGUCGAUUAUCGUAACCACAACUUCUUCAGGCAGUGUCCCAGUUCUGAAAGGUGAAGCUCACGUUGCGCAGUCAGCUCAGAUUCUCAGUGAUGCUCACAUCAUGAAAGGAUUUGUCCCUCAGAAUAGAACGUUUACAAUGGAGGUUCAUCAUAAAGAAAUGAAAGAAAUGGAUGACCAAGAAGAAAGUGAUGCAGUUUCUACACUGAAUAAAGACAAGGAGGAAAAACUGGAAGAAGAAUUGAAAGUUAAAUUACAUCAGUCAGAACCAACAUCUACCAAAAUGCAUGAAGCUCUGCCCACAACUACAAAGCCCAUCACCAACAUCAGCACCUCUUCUGCACUUGACGUCACAAGUGCACCAAGAGCCACAGAAACGCCUACAAAAGAACAAGGAUUACCCACACACAUCCCACGUGAUAAUCCUGAAGAAAGCUCCACGACGGUAACAAGGGUUUACGUUGACAACACGUGCAUUGAGGAGGAAGUUUACAUUGUUACAUUCAUCUCUACAAUUUGUAAGUCAUCUGCAGAUGCAUUGACCUCUGAGGAAGAAACAUCUCGUGAUUCGCAGAAAUCCACGUUAUAUGACGUCUCAAUCCUUCAACCAAUAGAGACACCUAUUGAAACUUUUGAAAAUCAACAAACAUUUAGCACAAUGUCUGAGCAACCCAAACACGAUCAGCCAAAUGUGCUAGAAGACAAUGUAUUCCUUGCACAUGACCAACCUCAAAAGACAAUCGAUGGGUCAACAUUUGGAGGAGGAAAGCCUGAAGCUGAUAGAAACCAGAGCAAUCCUUCUUCAUCCACUGAGGAAUGCAUGGCGUAUUUGAAAAACACAUUGAGUCCAACAGGGAGCGAAGUUCAAAUAACAAUCGUAAACAAAGAAGACGUGGACAUAAUUUACAUAAGGCCUGCUCGAAAAAGUGUCUCGGUUGAAAGUUUGGAGGUUACCAAUGAAGUGCAUCAAAGUGCGAGUGGGAAGGAUUGUCUAGCACAUCUUUCCUCUGCCACGGAAGGUGUCACACACGAAGCAACAGAAGCGUCCUCCACACACACCCAGAAGCAGGGCACUAAAAACUCACUGACGGAAACUGGAACAACCACAACAGAAGGGCCAUUCAUUGUAACCACGGCAUCUACAGAGGAGACUAUGGCUUUUGCUUUAAGGCCAAAAGAGACCCCUCAUGACACUUAUCCCAUUACAGAAACUGUAAUGCAUGACUGGGAAGAAGUUACCACUUGCAAAGAUGAUCAUCGGGUUGUUGACCCUGUAGGAGAAGUCAAAGAGCCUUCAUUAACGACUGCCACAUCAACAUUGGUCACUGCUCCGCUUAAAUUUUACCGCAAGGAAACAUUUUCAGAUGGAGCGACAAAACACAGAGACGGUUCAGAAUUUUGUGCCAAAGUGACAAAUGAGCUGAGAGAGGAAGAAUGUAUCAAAGAGCCACCUUUCAAACAAGAGGAAGCCAUUGAAAAGGCCGAAGAACUCAUCAGUGGAAGCAAUUUUGCCUUAACACAAGAAGAGACCUCAAAACUUCUCAGUGAAACAGAAGAACAAAGUGACUCAGGAAAAGUAACUGAAAAACAUACAUUACAGGAAACACUUUCAAUCGUCACUGAUAAAGAAUGCAACGAUGAUGAUGAAGAAUCGUUUUAUGCAAAUACUGCACCUGCUUCCGUGCAAUAUCAAAUUCAGGAACACGAUAAAUCAACAAUACAGUUACCUCCUGAUCAGUCAACGAGUCAAGGAGAUGCGCAAACAACUUUCAUUGGCAGGAUCAUACAGACAGCUAAAAGUUUGUUAACUGGAAAAUCUGAGUCAGACCAGGAAGACACCUCAAAUCCCCAAUUAACAACAGAAAUACAUGCUGACACAGGCGAUGCAUCUGUUUCCAUUUCAGAAAAUGAGAAAGAAUCAACAUGUGGUAAAGAUACGGCGGAGAGUAAGAUUACCGCCGAUGCUGCUGACACAUUUGCAGAAGAAUAUGGGACAGGUCGAGGAUUGCCAUGGAAUAUCACUCAACACGUGUCUUUUGCCGCUACUGAAACCACUGAUUUAAACAAAUUGCUUGACCAGGCACAAUUUAUCAAUGUAAACGAUGAGUUAGCCUAUAGGAAUGAUAAACAUGACAUUUCGUCAAUAACAGGCCAAGGAGAACUAAAUGAACUCGCAUUGACAGAUGCUCCAUCAGGUGAGAGCAUAACUGAUGAAACAACUGAAGUCCGAGUCGGAGAUGAAACUAUACAAGACCAUGCAGAUGUGAUGAAAAGACGGUUAAUUAGUUGCACCGGGGAUGAAACACAGAUUUCAUUUGUCUACAUCGGUGACACAGAAAUUAUGUAUAUAAAACCAGCUCGAAAAGAUUCAGCUGCUUGUCUCGUUGAUGAAGGAUAUGAAGUUGCCAGUGGAAAAGAUCCCGAAGCAUCAACUCAAUAUUUUUAUCAACAUCAGCAGUUUGGAAUGAUGGAACCCCACGUACACAUAGAGUCUAGUGACAAGGGUAGUCCUACAAGUACAGCAGCUGUCUCUGAUUCCUCCUGUGUAGAUACAUGGGUGCAUGCAUUUAAGGAACUUGAAGCAGAAUUGGAGGACUCUAAAAGCAAAGCUGAAGCUGAUGAUUUUACAUUCUGGAGAGAGGAAUCCUUUGUCCAGCCUACCUCAACUGAUGAACUUCCUCUCACUGAACUAAAUAUCACAGCCUUGACAACAGAAUCCGCUGAAAUGAAGAAUGAACCAGAAUUGCAAUCAUCAAUACCACAUACAACCUUCAAUAAAAUUCACCUCUAUUAUCCCAAGAGCAACACGGAACAUACAGAAGAGGAGCGGGAGAUUGAGACCUUGUCUGCAGCCAUUGCCUCCACGGCAUGUGAAGAAGGAAUUAUUACAAGUGAAGAAUUGCUGAAACGUUCAAAAGCUUCCAUUAAACCAGACAUUAUUCUUGUCCAUACUGCCAAAUCAGGAAUUGGUCAUCAAGAAGCCUCCAUACACACAACUGCUUUAGCAGCUAAAGAGGAUACUAAAGAUGAAAGUGAUUUAGUCAAUGCAGAUUUACUACGCAUUGAAACUAAAUUAGCCGCCGAUUCCUCUGAAGGUAACACUGCAUACGCGGCUGAAACGGGAUUCGAUGCACCAAUUGAAGAGGGCCAUAGUUCAGCUUCUACUGCAGACACGAUUGAUUUUCCGCCUGCAAAAUUAAAUGAACUCGAAAUCGAUGGAACUAAUGUUGAAGCGACAACUCGGACUGCUGCAUCGGUGCAAGUCGACACAUUGUUAAAAUCGACUGUCACCGCCGAAAGUCCUCCUGAUCACCAUAACACUUGUAAGGACGCAACCACUGACAGCGAAGAGUGCCCGACAGAUUUUGUGGAUGAACAACUGCAAGAGGUGGAUAUAAAUAAAACGUCUUUUAUUAAUCGAACAAUACAAAAGUUGAAAGACAUUUUCACUGGAAUGCCAGUUAACGAGGAGACGCAGUUGACACGUGAAGAACAUUUGGAAGCCAACACUGGUGAGUUGGAGACAACCAACAGAGUUAAAGAAAGUCCACAUUCUAAGUUUCAAGUUGAAGCUGGCGACACCAGAGAUUUGGAAAAAGAAGUCAAACAAACAGAAGAAUUACAUGCUGGUGCCCAUUCUAGUCCUGAUCAAGACGUUAAUGUGGUCACUGACUACAUUACUGACGAAGGUAUAACUGUUGGUGGAAGCAAGAGAAGUACAACCGAUCAUUUCAUUAUUCAGAGGUCAGAGCGUGUUAAUCCUUUUAAUGACAUGAGUAUAUCUUUAUCUGAUAGAGCGGUGACAAUAACUGUAGCCCCAAGAGAUGCAGCUGCUAAUGUGCUGGAGGAACAAGACAAUGCACCAUCGGACAUAUCUCUAAAAGAUGCCACCACAGGGGAAUCUGCGAAAGCUACGCAUUCAGAAUCUGAUGAAGAAUUCCACGAUUGUUUGACUGUUUUGGAAGAAUUCCCUAUGCCUGUUACAUCAAAGGAUGCGGUUGAGCACCCUAAACGGUCAGAAUCAGUGUUUAGUGAUAAGGUUCCUCCUCAUCACCUUGAAGCAUAUACACAAAUUAAAACCACACCUGAAGAAAAUUUAGUUAAAGGUCCAGAAACAAGUACAAACAUUUUAUCCACGGUUGAUGCAGAAAAUCUUAAAAUAUCAGAAGCACCACAGUUCACACCAGAACUCAGAGAUGAAGAUUUUUCUCAUGACAUUAAUACUUCUGAGGCAGUUCACCAAUCGGACACUAGCAUCAUAUUAUCUGAUGCUGAACAAGUUAUAAAAAGACCAUCUGUAGAGAUCCAUGCAUCUGGCUUAGAUAGGACAUUUUUCAUAGAAAGUAAUGUCUCCAAGGGGAAAUUCAGUAUUUCAGAGAAAAUCGUGAAUGAGUCAGAAGCAGGAUUGUCAGACAGCAGUGACAGGGCCAAUCAAAUCGCACGUGACUUGGAUAAGAGCUGCACCACUACAGAGCAGAUGAUAUCCACAGAGACAAAAGCGAACACAUAUGACACAACUGCUCCUCGAGGCGAAACUCCCAAAACAACACGCAAGCAGUCUUUUAUACAAAGUCUCCAGGGUCUGCUUCCAUUUGGUGACAAGACAGCAGAGAAAUUAGACAAUGCGACGAGCACAGACGGCGGUGAACCUGGGCAAGUCGCGUGCGAGGCGGCUGAAAAUUGCACGGAAGAAACAAGUCACCCGGCGUUAACGGACAACGCACAGCAUCCCACAAACGAGCCGCCACUGCAUCCAUCACACGCCGAGGCUGUCAAACUGCCAAAGGCAACAGCAGCUGACACUGAUAAAGUAACAUCUGAAGAUGUUGCGCCCAAGAGCUACGUGACUGCAGAUGAGCAGGGCAGUGAAACACACAAGGCAAGUCAGACGUACAGUAGGCAUUUAACAGCCUCAAUCAUUUGCGAAUGCAUGAUACAGCCGGAAAUUACUACAACAUCUAAGCAUGACAUGCAAACACAAAAAGCCACAGAAAUCACACAAAGCUGCUCGGUGACCAAACAAGGCAGAGCGACAGCAACGGACGAAUACGGACAGGCGACAAUUUCACCUUCCUCUCAGCUGCUUUCAAUUAAAGAAGUUGGUCACCAAGUCAAAGACCACUUAUUCAGGCUAAUGAACCAGUCGCCUGGCAAGCACCAAGUUGAUUUCGCCAGCAGCGAAAUAGAGAACGUGGUGGACAGCUGCGCCCUGGCACUGAAAGUACUGGCUCCCGAUGCCCAACAGGAGCGGCACGUGAGUUCAAUCACCCAGACGCUCAUAAGACACUCCUCGCUCGGGACACUCACGGCCACAGCGGAGGCGGUGUCGCUCCUGAAGAAGCACCCAACGGACCCGGCGGUGGGAGCGGCGGUCUCCGUGUUGGCCGUCUGCACCGCCGUCGGAGAGGCUCUCAAUUUAUUCUCGAUCAAGACCACGGGUGAAGCGUUGGCUCAGUGCUCGUGUUCAUCGCUUCCCGCCGAGGCGAUGAGUGAGGAGCUCAGGGUGGUGGUGCACGGACUCCUGCACGACGACGGGAGUGGCCGUCGGCCACCGGGCACCGUGGCCACGUUGCGAAGAGCCGCUCUGGGGGUUGCCGUGACUCUCAGCGCAUAUGCCGUGCAUCUGCAGGCCCCCAGCGACGAGCAGACGGGCUCUAUCGCUGUGUUCAUACGGCAGCUGUGGAACGCCGAGCAGCGAGGGCGCGCGGGCCGAACGUGUGCGUCGACGUCCCCCGAAGUAUCACCACAGCCACUGGCGCCAUCAACCCAACCACGAGAAACAUCAACCACCCAGCUACCAGCGAUAUCAACCCAAACAGCAGCAGCAUUGCCAGCGCUGUCCGUCGAGACGUGCACUCUCUUGGAACGCCUCCUUUCGAGCAGAGGCCCCUUGGCCUCGAUUUUGGGCUCGGUGGCCGCCGCCGUGCUGAUGGCGACGCGCCUCGCCGAAGAGGGCGACCCCACGCUGGUGGACGAGAUGGUGCGGCACAUGGCGUGUGGCUGCUGCCACCAUGCGUUCGACACCGUGGCACGCCUCGUGCCGUGAAUGGCACUGGAACGAGAUUACCGCUCGCAGUGCACCAAAGUGGACACACGCUCCAGGCUCCGGCGGAUGUCUCACGUCUUGGCUUGCCGCCUGUCACGGUUUUCCCCCCCAGCUCUUUCCCUUUUUCUGAGGUUAGUUGUCCUCGGAAAUCUGUCGGUCCUCCCAGGACAAUGAAAGUCCCCAUUUCUGUCAAUUGCGUGAAAUAAUACACCUCUCAAGAGAAUGCACGUACCUAUGGUUAUCCCCUCUUCGGGAAUUGUGAGAUAUUUUCCCCCCAAAUGUCUUCAUAUCUUCUACAGCACAGGUGGCAACCAUAUACCGCACGUAAAAUGUCUUGGGUGAAAAUUUUGAUGGGACUUAUUUUUUUCUGCAACACCAAAAACUGAAAUUCACAUGAAGAAGGUCAUUGUGGCUGCUUCGGAAUGCCUGGCGAAUGUGACAGGCAAAGCAUUAACACAUUUUAAUAGUUGGCCGUUGCACCAUCUUGCUUGCAGUCAACGUUCAGUCGGUGACACUGGAAAUGAACUUAUGGCCAUUCGGUGCAAAAUGUUGGUGUGGUUUAUUUUUUACAGAACUACAAAAUUAUAACACAAUAAUAUUUUUUUUAUUUUAAUGUCAUUUGCGGAAUUAACGAAAUAGUAGAGAAUGAAAACACAUUUGUUUUUUUUGUUAAAGUUCUGCAAUUGCCUGCAUUGCAGUCAUUUCAUAGGAUGCAGUCAUUGUAAUGAAAAGUCAACCGAAAUUUUGCAUGAAGGGAAACGAUUGGUCUGUUUAUGACAUUUAAUGGAAUCUUAAUUGUGCAUGAAGGGGGGGGAAGUUGAUUGGUAUGGUUUUAACAAGGUUUACUAAUUAAGUCACUUAGAAUAACACUCAAUAGUUUAAGAUAUAAAAAAAUGUCUUCAAGAUAUACUUUAUAAACCAUAGAGAAAUUCCACAAGUGUGUCAGUUACAAUAACAAAAAGGACAGUAAUUUUAUGAAGUUAAGAAUGAUAAUCAUGUCAGAAUUGAGCUGGCACCACUGAGAAGCCUGGUUCGAAUCCAGGCAGCUGCCUGCGAUUAAGCCGGGUUCUCAAGUGUGGCACUUUUAUGGUCUCGGCCUGGUCAGGAAUGACUGCACACAAAUAAACAAUACAAUAAAAUUUAGCUCUGCACUUAAUGUAGCUAAAAUCCAACUCUCAGAAUUAAAUACACCGGCUUUACUGUCGUGCGAUGAAGGUUAUUCAUCAUUAUGCAGAGCAGGUAGGAAAUAGCUGCCCUCUACUUUAUAGAUCAACGGUCACUGGAGGGGAUCUCAGAGGUAGCUCUGUAAUAUCCACUUCCAUGGACCGUUAUCUAACCUGAAAGGAUUGCACUGCUCUGCCAGAGUUGCUAAUGGAUUCUUUGUCUUACGAUGCGACACCGAUAACACAAUCAGGAUCAAAUUGGGUGACUUUUUUAAAGAAAGAUGAUUAUGUAGUUGCAGGAAACAUAACAUCCACAAAUAUGUUGACAAGAUAACAAUUGGUCUAUUUGUUUCUGCCGUAACUGACACAUUCGUGGAUUAUCUCAUACCUCGUGGUCAAUUCUAGUUUCUUAUUUUCAGUGGGAUCAGCAAAAGUUCAGCAGGCCGAGUGACCCUGGAGCAAAACGGUAGAACUCAACGGGCUUUAUUUGGGAACUAAUCUUAUGAACUUGAUGAAAAUAGCAACAACUACCACAUUUUUUAAAAAUUACAACCAAAGUUUUACCAAUACAUCAUUUUUGGAUUAAAUAAUUUGUUUAACUAAAUAUAUAAUGAAUCCUGUAUUGACGAAAUAGACGUGAGAAGGUGAUUGGCAGGGGCAACGGUUGCAUGAAUGUGUCAAGUCAGGAAUUCGUGCCCCUAUGAGUGGUGGCCAUUGCUAACUGGUUACCUCUGUUUGGGAGCACUCAGCCGAGCUGUAAACAUUCAACUUUACCGUGACAACAUCAAGGCUCAAUAAGGAACAAAACAACCUCUGCUCACUUUCAUUGCCAGAUGAUGCAGCCUCAAUGUAUAGUGAUCACCUUACAGACUGUAGACUCGGGAUUUUUUUUACAUUCAAUUUACAAUGGAACAUUAGAUUAUGAUCCUGACCAGGAUUUGAAAUCUCGACCCAAUAAUUGGCAUUCAAGGUGAAAUGCAGACACUGUAGCACGUGGGGCCCUGAUUCUCAGAUUGUCAAAAGCUCAAUUUGGAGGUGGCCAUUUGAUUCCGUGGCCGAUAUUGCUGAGAUCCUGACAUUCAAAACCGGGCAGUUUAUUCCAAAUUGAAUCCGAAUAAACUGUGUUCUCAAAUUCAGCGAGAUGAUGCCAUCUCCUCGGUCGCUUACAUGAAACUUGGUUUUUCAGUUAAUUUGGCAAAAUGUUAGCAGUGACAAUUAAAAAAAACCAUUUCGGUUUCACUGCCAUGUGACGAAGGUCUCUACAGCAGGGUGCAUGUGGAUGUGCAGCACGCCUCGUGUGGAUAAGAGGUCACUUGAAGGGAUGUCGGAAGAAGUUCUGUGAUAUCUCCUUCGACGGGCCGUUUUCUAACACGGGGUGGUGAUAUGUUGCUCUGCGGCAGAGCUCCGAAUGGACAUUUCUUCAUCUCGUGGCAUGGCACUGUAGCACAUUUGGAAUUAAAUAAAAUAGAAGGCAUCAAUUGCCUCUUGAUGUUCAAGAUGUUAAUGCCUAUGACCAAAUCAACCAGAAUGCGCCCAAUUUCGUCAGAUCUCGGAAGCUCAGCAGGAUGGAGCCUGCAUCGUGCUUGGAUGGCCGACCACCACCUUGCACAACAGAUGUUAUAGGCAGCUGCGAGGGCUACGUUGUCAGCAUGGGGAAGUGCAGCAAAACCCAUUGUUGUACUGUACUAUGCUCCAACGUCUAUGCUCCCAACUUUUACUGACCAGCUUGGUGAAUUAUGGUCAAACAACCCUGAAGAGCAGUCUAGCCUGGAGAGGCGCUUGUGCAUCAUCAAUAUCACACCUCCCGAGACACUUAGAAUAAGGGCCCCAUGUUGAGCUUCUGCAAGCACCCCAGCUCACGUCCAGUGACUUUACCGAAAGAACCAAAAGUAUGAGUACUGAACAAGAGUUUUCAACGUCGAUUGCGAGGCUGUAUAUUUAAGGUAUCAUUGAGCAGAGCAGCAGGCAAGUGCUAUUUGUGGCGGUGGGCGUUUGCGGAGUGUAUGGUGCGCUUUAUUGUUGUGUAAAACCAAAAUUGAUCAAGUACAGUUUUCUGAAACACACUCCCAAGCACUUUCAUCCACCUCAUAAUUUCACCGUAUUAAUCUCGGUCCACCAUCAAUUAACAUCUCGGUGAUGAGAUGUUAAAUCCCUCGCCUGGUAUACAGGAGAUCGUGGGUUCGAUCCCGACCCUGACGCCUGCUGUAUAUUUGGAGUUUGCGUGUUCUUCCCUUGGUAGCGUGCAUUUUUCUUCGGCUACUCUGGUUUUCCCCUGCACAUUUAAAAUCGACAUGCGUUUACAGUAUUUGGCUGAUAUACUUUUCCACGUGAUAAGCAACUUCAUUGAGCUAUGCUUUGUGGCCAGGUCGCUACUGAAAAAGAGCUGUUAUAGCUCAGUGGACCUUACCUGUGUACAAUAAAACUUUUUGACAAAAUUUGUCUGUCCUAGGCGCCAAGAUUCUGCUGUUUUUUUUAAUCUCCAGUGGUACCCCUCCCACAUAUAUCUCCAGAUUUGUACAACAAAUUCGCAA